GGUUUGCUGUGAGAGGGUGACUGGUUACUGGGGGCUGUGGGGGGAGAUGGGAUGACGGCAAAUGGUUCCCUACAACACAGGCACCUGGAAAAGCCGCUCUGCUCCAGACAGCCUCAGGGCUCUAACCUUACGGACACGUCAGGGAGAAGAAGUGACGAGGCUGAGUCCUAGUCACCGGCUGCAAAAAGGCUCUCUUCAUUUCCUGUCUCUUCAAAACGCCGGUGCUGACUUCGCUGCAAUAGACGCCCGUGGCCUUUCCUAAACUGGGUCUUCCCAGGAGAACGGCUGAAGAUUUCAGGACUGAGCUCAGAGCGGGGCGGAGGGGGUGGGGGCGGGAGCUGAGGCCAGGAGUAUGUGUGUGUAGCUCGGGAAAGGCCGGACGAGCGCGGGCUGGGCACGAACGUGAUGGACGACGGUUUUGGGAACAAUUUCUUCGAGGGAGCCAAGGAGAUCGCCAACGAAGCCAAGCGACAGGGCAGGAUGCAGGAUCCCUGGACACAAUACGAGGCGGGGGGCAACGAGAUGCCCCCCCAGGAUGGGGGUUACCCCCGCACCCAGGAGGACGGGGACAGCGACGCCACGGAGGGGCACGACGAAGAUGACGAGAUCUACGAGGGGGAAUAUCAGGGGAUCCCUCACCCCGAUGACAUCAAGGCCAGUCGCAUGGCGGCCACACAGCCAAUCCCGGAUGAGCUGAGGGACCGGGAGGACCUGAUGGCGGAGCGGGUACAGGAUGAGGAGCAGCUCGCACAUCAGUACGAGGCCAUCAUCGAGGAGUGCGGGCACGGGCGCUUUCAGUGGACGCUCUUCUUCGUGCUGGGGAUGGCGCUGAUGGCUGACGGGGUGGAAGUCUUUGUGGUGGGCUUUGUGCUGCCCAGUGCCGAGAGAGACAUGUGCAUGUCCAACUCUAACAAGGGCAUGCUGGGUCUGAUCGUGUACUUGGGGAUGAUGGUGGGGGCCAUUGUCUGGGGGACUCUGUCAGACAGAAUGGGCAGAAGAUACUGUCUGAUCAUCGCCCUGUCCAUCAACGGGGUCUUUGUGGUCUUCUCGUCCUUCGCUCAGGGCUACGGACUCUUCCUCUUCUGUCGGCUGCUCUCGGGCAUGGGUAUCGGUGGUUCUAUCCCCAUCGUGUUCUGCUACUUCACGGAGUUUCUGUCCCGGGAGAAGCGAGGCGAGCACCUGAGCUGGCUGUGUAUGUUCUGGAUGAUUGGGGGUAUCUACGCCUCAAUGAUGGCCUGGAGUAUAAUCCCACACUACGGCUGGGGCUUCACCAUGGGGACCUCCUUCCAUUUCCACAGCUGGAGGCUCUUUGUGAUUGUGUGCACUCUGCCCAGCAUCUUGUCUGUCAUCGCUCUGAUAUUCAUGCCAGAGAGCCCCCGAUACCUCCUGGAGGUGGGCAAACAUGACGAGGCCUGGAUGGUUCUUAAGCAGGUUUACGACACCAACAUGAGGGCUAAGGGUCACCCAGAAGCUGUCUUCACGGUUUCCCACAUCAAAACCCCGAAGCAGAUCGAUGAGUUCAUUGAGAUCCAGAGUUCCACUGGCACUGCGUUCCAGCGCUGGCUGGUCAGGGGCAUGACCGUAGUCAAACAGGUGUGGGAGAAUAUUUUGCAGUGUUUUACGCCCAGGUACAGGAUGACCACAUUGUUCCUGGCUGUGGUGUGGUUCACUCUGUCCUUCAGCUACUAUGGGUUGACGGUGUGGUUCCCGGACAUGAUCAAGUACUUUCAGAACGAGAAUUACCAUUCCAAAAUGAAGAUCUUCCACCAGGAGCACGUGGACCGUUUCACAUUCAACUUCACCCUGGAGAAUCAGGUCCACACUGACGGCCAGUACAUCGACGUCAAAUUUAUCGGGAUGCACUUUAAGUCGGUGACCUUCAAAGACUCGCUGUUUGAAGAUUGCUACUUCGAAGACGUCACGUCCAUCAACACCUUCUUCGAGAACUGCACCUUCACCUCCACUAUCUUCUACAACACGGAUCUGUUCAAGACUCGGUUCAUCGACAGCAGGUUCCCUAACAGCACCUUCCUGCACAACAAGGAGGGCUGCACCAUCGACUUCAGCGACGAUGCUGAGACGGCCUUCCUCACCUACCUGGUCAGCUUCCUGGGCUCCUUGUCUGUGCUGCCAGGCAACAUCGUGUCUGCACUAUUCAUGGACAAAGUGGGGCGGCUCAUGAUGAUUGGUGGCUCCAUGCUCCUGUCCGCCAUCACCUGCUUUUUCCUGUUUUUUGGGAACAGCGAGGCGGCUAUGAUUGGGCUGCAGUGUGUGUUUUGUGGGGUCAGUAUCGCAGCCUGGAAUGCUCUCGAUGUGAUCACAGUCGAGCUCUACUCUACAGACAAAAGGGCAACAGCCUUCGGAAUUCUGAACGGACUCUCCAAGUUUGCUGCUAUCCUGGGAAUCUCGAUAUUUGCCUCGUUUGUGGAGAUCACCAAGGUGGUCCCCAUCCUGCUGGCCUCCCUCGCGCUGGUGGCAGGAGCUCUCCUCGGCCUCCGCCUGCCAGAAACCCGGGAGCAGGCUCUGAUGUGA